AAACCAGUGCUGCACACCAUCGAUUAUAGGCAAAGAGCUCCUCGACUAAAACGUCUUUCGAAAUUGUUCACUAAACACUCUCCACGCUUAUCAACGGGCAUGCUGCGUCUGGUCUACAUUUACUAUGGAACCCUGCUACCUGGAUGGAGCACCUUGCGGGCUUUUGGACAAGCCCAAAGGCACUUCAUCGUACUCUGGCUGAAGUAUUGGGUAAUCUAUGCACUGCUGCAGGCACUUGGAGUCCUAACGGACUUCCUGCUCGGCGGGCUGUCGGGCUACACGGGUCUCAAGCUCAUCCUGUCCAUAGGCCUCUGGUUCAGUGCCCCCUACAGCACCAAUCACCUGUUUAAUUUUCUGGAUGAGUACGCCAUGGGGAUAUUUGGACCAGUUGUCGAGGGAGGUAUUCGCUGGCAUGGGGAAGUCAAUAGAAACAUUUGCCGCAACUUUCUGCAAUCACCACUGGGGGCAGUGGUUGUGCCAAAGGACGUGGAUGAGCAGGCCAGGGAGCCGCAGAUCAAUAACCACCUCUUGAAAAAGGAACUGUCGAAUCUCAUGGCGCAGAUUGGAAGAGAUAAAGCCGACCAUCGUCAUCAGCAUGAGCGCCCAAUGAGGCGAUAUUCCGCUCGGUAUUCAGAAGCAGCUGAGUUGGACGUAUUGAACCAGAACCCCAAUGUCAUCGAGUAUUUGAGCCAAAGAUCGGGGGAUCAUCAGUAGGGCGGAUAUAAGCCAUCGUCGGCUUAGCUAAAGCCAGGUCAUCCCAAGUAACAUUAUUUUGUUUUGCUGCCCUUUCAAAACGUUACUGAAUAAAUGCCGGGUCGGA